UUUUAGCAUAUUUCCCAUACGGAAUACUUCUGAUGGCGAUGUGACUGUUUUGCAACUUUCUAUUUAUCGUGGAAGUAUCUUUUUUUUUAAACCGUUGAAUAUCAGUGAUUUGUUGGCGCAGUUUCUCGCUGAUAAGUUUAACCUUUGUUUUAAGUUCACGUGUGUGUACAAUCGGAAUGAAUGAAGAAAACACUUAAUCUUCUAUUGAACUACAAUGUAGCUCCGGAUUUGAAUCUUAUGAAUUAGACAAAUGUAGAUAUUAUCAAGACAUUAACUUUCGACAACAACUUUAUGAACACCCAACUUCAACUCCAAGUGAAGUUUGUGAAUUUUAAAUCAAUUUUACUUAUUUAACAACAAAAUGGGAUGCCGUCAAUACCGUUUCGUUGCUAUGGUGAUUGUGGCCAGCGUAAUGAUGUCAUUGCCGCGAAAAGUUGAGUCUGCCACAACUGGUCAGAACAUCUCUGAUACGGACAAAGCUACCCUUAUAGCAGCCUACCUCACUCACCAAGAAUCUGUUUCACACUAUGUGUACGAUUCAGCAAUGGCUGGCGUCAACUUGUACCAACAUCUUUCAACAGGAAAUACAUCCACAGACCCUGGUCUCGUCAAAGCCAUGGCCAACUAUGCGUUGACGUCUACGCCAGAUUUGCUCCAAAACCCUAUUUUUCAGGAUAUAGUUAAAGUUCUUGUAGACGAAGCUGGAAAAGCGUUCCGUCGAUCGAACGUCACUUUUGAUCCAAAUAAACCCAUCCCAAAUACAGCUGUCCAGCAAAUUAUUACAAAAUUUAACUUUGUUGGAGCAUUAACGCAGAGUAUCACGAUAGCUCGACCCCUUAUAGAACAGUACCGACAUGACAACGACUCUAGGCUCUUCAUCAUGGCUUUAAACAAGGCCAUUGAAGUAACGGCAUACGGCAUUUCUACUCCAACCUUUCGGACCGUCGUAGAUAUUUUCGUAGAUGAAUUAUACCAAGGAUUCCAAAAGUCUGGACUGCUCAAGCGAAUUGAUACAGAAGGCCCGGGAUUUCUAAAUAACAACAAUAACACAUUAACAAUUGUUAGAUCCGUGGUCAGCCAUUCGAACCUACCAAGACUUACAAUGAGAGUUUAUAACGCUAGUAAGCCUAUCCUUGAUAAUCUGUACGGUGGAGAUACGGAGUUCGUUUAUGCUGGACUUUUAACUGCAUUUGGUGCAGCUACGAGAGUUCGGCAAGAUCCAAGAUUCCAGUUCCUUUUCAAAAUAUUCCAGUCGGAAUUUUUCAAAACUUAUAACAAAACUGGCCAAUCGAAAGGAGAAGCCUACCUGCUUGGUAAUCCCGUUAACACCUACCUGGGUGUUCUACAGAGUAUGAAUGUGCGUUCUCUCAUUGAGACCGUUCUGGGAUCUGUGAGCGCAAGUAUUCUGAUGCCGUAUAACAGUUCGGCCGAAGCAGAUCCAAUCAGCGAAACUUGUUAUGAGGACACCAUCGACUUUCUGGAUGCAGUAAAAGCGGAGAAAGCCUGGGCAUUGAAAAUGGUUGAUUCCUACGGCAAAGUGCCCGCCGGACUGGAAAAGGGAAACAUCAAUUUCAUUGGUUCGUUUGACCAGUGCUUAGAAGUCAGAUCCGAUAUCAAAGCUGGUGAGGUUCUUGGAAGCAUCCGCAGAUCUGGACCGCGGUACCCCCGAUCCGUGGGGUCCAAAUACUGUCGUGUUCGCAUACCCGUUCCACAAAGUGUUGUCGAUGGGUUAGGCCUGGAUACAAAAGGCAUUUCCUUGAAGGUCACGUGGGGUGUUUGCGUUCCAAACACAUGUGCAGGAAGUGACAUAUAUGGACUUUUAAAAUUAAAUGUUUUCCGUAACUACACGUCGUUGGUAGAGUCUGUUGAUUGUUCACAGGACUUAGACGUUACACAGGACCUGGCAGCAGUAUUGGCCAUAAUCAUUCUCAGUAUUUUCGCAUUUCUAAUGUUGAUCGGAACAUUAUACGUAUCAAUGGAAACACGUGGUGUUUUUGCUGAAAACGACCAAUCUUCCAAAGCGGACAGUGCCUAUAGCAACCUGGCUUACACGAAAGACGAAGACACCAAACACUACGAAACAUUAGAUGUUGCUAAGGCGGAAAAUGGACAAGCCUUGAAGACAAUGGGUAAAUCAAACGGAAGUGGGCUUCCUGCAAACUACGUACCGCACGCAGAAUCGAAGCAACAUGAAUCAGACAUUCCAUUUACAGCCAUUGAAGAAAAAUCGAACGGUGUUUCACACGGCGAGGUCGGUACCAAAAACGAGUUACAGAAACAGGAUACUGCUAGACAGCAGCGUAAAAAGAAAGAAGGUGUACUAGUCAGCAUCGCCAAAGCGUUCUCCGUGCAAAUCAACGCACCAAAGAUACUGACCGGGAAAACGGGACUGAACUCAAUCAACUGUAUCCACGGCAUCAGGUUUUUCAGCAUCACCUGGAUUAUGUUAGGCCAUACCUAUAAUUACGGUCUGAUAUCGAGCGCCUCGGAGAGCUGGUCAACAGCCAAUUUCGUAGAAGCGUUGAGUAUAAUACAGCGGUUUACGUUCCAAGCCGUGGUCGCCGGAGUUAGUGUCGAUACCUUCUACAUGAUGAGCGGCAUGCUAUUGACAUACAUACAACUGAAGCAGAUGGCAAAACUCAAGGCCCAUCCCACUGGACCAAAGAUUGGCAACUACGUCCUGCGUUACUUCUUCCAUAGGUUUUGGAGACUGACUCCAAUGUACGGGAUGGUUCUUCUUAUCUACGCCACACUGAUCAAGUACAUAGGCCAUGGUCCACUGUGGCCAAACGCCGUGGAAACCUCAGAGAACUGCAAGGAUAGCUGGUGGACAAACAUCUUAUAUAUCAACAACCUCGUUAACGUGGAUAAACAGUGUAUGGCGUGGACUUGGUUCCUAGCAAAUGACAUGCAGUUUUACAUUAUAUCCGUGGUCCUUCUCUUCUUCCUGACAAUGUCGCUGCCAAUAGGAAUUAUUAUAUCCACGAUGCUGCUGAUGGUAGGCAUCGCUACAGCGAUAUGGAAAGAAUACGUUUACAACGGGAAUUUCUUCACAAUGAAGUCGGACGGAGGGGACUACUGGAAUAACGUUUACAUUACUCCCUGGUGUCGUGUUGGUGCCUACUGUGUGGGUUUAUUCCUUGGAAUCGUCUUCUACAAACGACCAAGGAAAGCAUUCAGCAAGGCGAUCGGUUUUAUCGGAUGGGCUACAGCCACCGCCGUCGCCCUGGCCCUGGUCUACUCCACAUACUCUACCAACAAGAAAGGGGGCGUGGUCUGGACCAAUGUACAGAACGCCAUUUAUGAGGGCGUCGGUCGACCUGUAUGGUCACUCUGUGUUGCCUGGGUGAUCUUCGCUUGUCACAACGACAUGGGAGGACACGUGAACUCCAUCCUGUCAUGGAAAGGCCUGGUACCUCUAUCUCGUCUGUCCUAUGCCGCCUACCUGUUACAUCCUAUGAUGAUGAUUUUACACGUGUAUUCAAAGCGUUCCCUCGUUUAUCUAACGGACUACGAUAUCAUAUAUCUUUUCCUGGGCCACGCCACAAUGUCCUUCAUGGGGGCAUUUGUAGUGUCUAUCGCCUUUGAAGCACCGUUUAUGGCGCUUGAGAAAUUAAUUUUGUGAUCGAGAUCACAGCAUCCCACUUGUAAAAACUGAUUGUGUUAUCGACAUGACUUCACUGUAUACGUCAUUUCCGGUAGACUUGAUAAAAAAAAACUUGUGAUUAUACUAUUGAUCCAAAAGCAAACGACGAUGUGGACAGUUCUGUCACGUCGCUUCCUGUUAUAUUGCUGGUAUCACAAGAAGAAACUUUAAUUGUAAUAAUUUCUUUAAAUGCAUAAUAGGAUUGAUACAUUAUUUUAAAACAUAAAUAAACAAAAAACAAAAUUCAAAUACUUAUUUAGUUUGGAAACUAUUGUCAUGAUUAGGUGUCUAUAGCUCUAUAUACACACACACACACACACAUAUAUAUAUAUAUAUAUACAUGUACAGAAUAUAUAUGAAUAUGCCGAGAUAUUAUCUUAUUAACAUCCCGCGGCAACGUUGAUUUCGAUUAAUAGCUGACAUUAUACAUAGCAGCAUGGAAGGAAGUGUCUUUGCUUUAGAAAUGAAAUACCACAGAAAGCCUUCUCGUCAAAUAGUUGAUUCUAAAGGAAUAUUAACGAUUCAGCUAAGUAAACACAUCAUUGUGUUAGAUAAGCCCUAAAAUGGUUAUUCUCGUAUUUCGCUUUCAUUUAGAUGUAUCUUAUAUACAGUAAAAAUGAAAUUAUGGAGUUUCAGUUUCCUCUCGCUUUAUAUUUUUAUCUCAUUCGGCACAUUUUGCAGAAUCAUGCAGCUGAACCUGAAUCAUACAGCUGUUCAAAAGACUGAUCGGUGAUGCGAGAGGACGCACAUGGAAAAGUAAAAAGGAUGUCACGUGCGGUCUCUUGUUCAUCGAGAAGUCUUUUAAUAAAAAAAACCCAAAAAACAGCUAUAUGGUAAUGGUUACACUCAUUAUUAAGGCAUAGUCUAUAAUUCACAAUAUCUGAAUGCGCUUACCAUUAAAUGGGUUUCUUGCAAUCUUUUAAUGUGCAUACAGCGAAACCUAUCCUGCUAUAUUGAUUGAUGUUUUUUUCUGAAUUUAUCAUUAGAUGUGUCUGCUUUGCUGGAAAAUGCUUAUGAAACGGCAAAGAUACUUACAAUAUACAUACAGUUACAGGAAGAGUAGUACAAACACUAUACAUAAAGAUUGCUAUAAUAUAUACUUAAAUUAAUAUAAACAUCUAUAUCUAUCUUACGAUUUACAUAUAACAUUAAUGUAGAUGCUUAUUUACAUUUUUAGUUUCACAUAAAAUGUAGCUACAAAACAAAAACUGUAGUUGGUAUGGAACAUACACACACAUACAAAAUGUAUAUUGUUAUUUUUUAGUAACUAUUGCGAAGAGAACAAAACUUUUAAUAAGCAUUGCUAUCAUUUUUUCUUCACAUUUGAACAUUAAACUGUUUUCAAUGUAGAUUUCAUUAUCACGUUUUUAUUCAAUGUUAUCAAUGCAAUCUUUUAUUUAGUAGAUAGCAAUUUAUUACAAAAUAGAAAUGAUAAUUUAUUUAGUAGAUAUAAUAGUUUAUGUCAGAAUUUAAACAUUGUGUUUUUUGUUGUUUUUCUUGUUUUUAUCUGCAAUCAUUAGACUAAACUGUAGAAAUCAUUCUAUUUCUUUACUUAGACGUGUAUGUACAUGUUUACUCCUAUUUGAGUCCAUGCCUUUUAGCUUUGUUUCCUAUUUCCGAUCAAAUCAGAAAUAAAAUGUUUAACAAUA